AUGGCGGCCACGUUCCAGUACGCAAAACAAUUUAGCUGGUCCAAGAUCAAGCGCACCAAGCAGGCAGAGUUCCGGCCGCUGCCUGCCGACGACGAGCGAGAUUCCAGCGAGGGCUUGCUGGAAAAGGGUGGCAGCUCACCAGAAUCGCGGAGAGAAUCUACUGCCAGGUCCUUGUGGCGAGAUCCGACGUUUCUCGUCUUCCAGGCUGCUCUGCUGAGUCUGUACCUACUGGUCCUGGGGCUGGUGGCCGCGGGCGGGCGAACGACCUGCUCCGGACGCGGGAUUGCUUAUUCCCCAGCGGCAAGCGUUAUAGAAUGGAGCGAGACAAAGUUUACUCUCGAAGACCAUAUCCAAGACCUAAGCAUCUACUCGGGCGCGCCCUCGGAAGAACUCGACAAGGCGUGGCAUGAUUUGCUGAAUACCCAGAACGUGCGAGUAGAGGCCGAGUACUUUAAGCAUCACGGCCGCGAAAAGAUUGGCGUCGGCGUCCCGGGUAGCACCGACUACAUUGGGACGCUCAACGUCUUCCACGAGCUGCACUGCAUCAAGCGGCUGCACCAGUUCAUGUACCCGGACUACUACUUUUCCGACUUCACCCAGCACCAGAUGGACAUGAACAGGCUACACAAUGAACACUGUCUCGACUUCCUGCGACAGUCGGCCAUGUGCCACGGGGACAUUGGGCUGAUCACGUACAUUUGGCGGCAGGACAGUCGCCUGCCGGUGGUUAACUCGACGUCGCAUCAGUGCGUCAACUGGGACAAGCUGUACGCUUGGAGCGAGGAUAGGGCCGUGGACAUGCUGAAGCCAGGGUGGCUGGUGCAUCCGACAAAGGGUAUCGUGUAUCCAGAUGGCGAGGGGGACCGAAUCGAACCGGCCAGCAGCACGGACAGCGAUGAGACUCACGUCGAGGCACUCGCCGUGGUCGCCGCCGCCGCCGCUGACCAUGACGAUGUUGUCCACGACACCUUGGAUACUUUUGUGCCUUUUACCGACAUGCCCAACUGCACCGGCCAAAUCAUCACCGUCCGCGCCUCCGUCGUCGGCAUCCUGUGCGGCGUCCUCGUCAACGCGUCCAACAUCUACAUUGGCCUCCGCGCCGGCUGGACCACCUCGGCCAACGUCCUUGGGGCCAUCGCCAGCUUCGCCGUCCUCAAGCGCGCCUCCUCCUCCUUCGGCCCGCACGAGAACAACAUCGCCCAGACCAUGGCCACCGCCUCCGGCGGCAUGUCCAACGUCUUCAUCUCGGGCAUCCCCGCGCUCUACCAGCUGGGCCUUCUCUCCACGCCCGCCCGCGACCUCGUCCGCCUCGUCGUCCUCGCCGCCAUCGGCGGUUACUUUGGCCUCCUCUCCAUCGUUCCUCUCCGUAGAUUCUUCAUCGAAAAGGCCGCGCGCGACCUAAACCUGGUCUUCCCAUCGUCCUUUGCCACCGCUGCCACCAUCCGCAGCAUGCACUCGGCCGCCGGCGGCGAGAGGCUGGCCCGCGACAAGAUGAGGUGGACCGUCGUGGCCUUUGUGUCCGCCAUGGUGCUGCGGGUGGCCUCCAUCUUUCUGCCCAACGUCCUUUGGAACUGGCACAUCUUUACCUGGAUCGCGAAAGCGCGGCUCUCCAAGCGCAUCACCGAGUUCGUCGUCGCCGCCGAGAGCUGGGGCUGGGUGCUGGAGUGGUCACCGGCCAUGAUCGGAUCCGGGUUUCUCGUCGACUUUGGCGUCGCCUGCUCCUUCUUUGCCGGUGCCGUCGUUGCCUGGGGUGCAUUGGGACCGUACCUCGUGUCGGUCCAGCUGGCAUUCGGGGAGCCAUCCGGCAACAGCACCGCCGUCGACACGCUGCCGGGGCUCGUCUCCUACACGGCCAUGUCGAAUGCCUUUUCGACCGCAGAGUACCCCAGCCCUCGCUACUGGCUGCUGUGGCCUGGAGUGGCCUGCACUCUCGCCGUCGCGUUUCUAGAGCUCCUCUGCCAAUCGGGUAAGAUCUGGAAGCUCCUCUCAACUGCCGUGAUGGGCCUCUUGCGCAAGCCUAGAAAGGACGACUUUGCGUACACGGUCGUCGACCAGGAUCCCGACGAAACCAAGGAGAAGCCAGCGUCCAGACCCGACAUUGAGCUGUGGAUGUGGCUUCCCAGUCUUGUCGUUGUUGUCGUUGCCGCUCUCGUCAUUUUGUAUUUCUCAUUCAACAUGCCGCUCCUCGAGGCCGUCCUGGCCCUGUUCCUAGCGCUGUCCAUGUCCCUCAUUGCCAUCCAGGCCACAGGAGCCACCGACACAACUCCCAUCAACGCCAUCUCCAAGGUCUCGCAGAUUGCCCUCGGCACCAUCACGCGGACCUCGGGCGCGUCCGUCGAGGCCGCCCAGCGACUCAACCUCGUCGGCGCCAGCCUCACCAACAUCGGUGCCUGUCAAGGAUGCGACCUCAUGGGUGACUUUCGCGUCGGCUUCCUGCUCGGCACCCCCGCGCACCUGCAGUACGCCGCCCAGCUCAUCGGCACGCUCGUCGCCUCGCUCGUCGCGCCCGCCACCUUUCUCCUCUUCGCCACCGCCUACCCGUGCAUCAUCUCCAACUCCGACUCCGGCACCUGCGAGUUCCCCGCGCCGACCGUUGCCGCCUGGCGCGCCGUGGCGGUCGUCGCGAGCACCCCGGACCCCUCCAUCCCUGCCUCCAGCAUCCGCUUCUCCAUCCUCCUCGCCGCCAUCUCCGGCGUGCUGGUGGUGGCCAAGCACGUGGUGUGCAGCGGCAGAGGGGCGUGGACGAGGCCGUACUGGCCCAACAUGAUGAUCUUUGGGCUGGCGUUUACGCUACCGAACCCACAGACGGCGACGACGAUGAUGGUGGGCGCGCUGGUGGCGGCGGCGUGGAGGAUGAAGAGCCUCAGGGGCUUCGAGAUGUAUGCGUUCGGGGUGGCUGCUGGGUUUGUCGCCGGGGAGGGCAUCGGCGGGACGAUCAACUGCGUCUUGUCGAUCUUGGGCAUUGCGUAG